AUGGGGAAGCCGCGGCGGAGAAUAGCCGCGGGCCUGAGGGCCUCGCAGCCGCGGGAGGAAAAGAUGGAGGAGCCGGAGCCGGGAGUCCCGAUCUUCACGGAGGAGGCAGACGAUUUCCACCAGCGGCGUCUGGAGGAGGCAGUGCUGGCGGCGCUGGGCAGCGAGGAGGAGGAGGAGGAGGAAGAUGGCGAGGAGGAGGUCUUGGGGCUAGAGCUCUCUGAGGAGAGUGAGACGGAGGAGGAUGGAGAAGAUGAGGGCGCGGACGACGACGAGGAUGGAGGCGAAGGCGAGCCCCUGGAUAUGGACAGCGACCUGGAGGAGCAGCGGGGCGGCAGCGGAGACCUCGGCCUCCCCCAUGAGUUCGCCUGGGGCCAGCGGAAACAGCUCUAUUACGGCACCGACUACGGCAAGGCUGCGGCUCGCUCCAAAGCAGCCAAGCAGAGCCAGGAGGAAGCCGAAGCCGAGGAGCUGGAGGAAGAGGAGGAGGCCCAAGCCAUUCAGAAAAGGCUGGUGCAGAAUCUGGGGGAGGAUGACUACGGCCUGGACCUGAUAGAGGCCUACGCUGCGGCAGCCCAGGAGCCAGGUCGAAAAGAGUCCGGGUCGAAAAUUGCCAAGGACUUGCAGUCUCUCUCUAAAAAAGAGAAGUUGAAGCUGUUGAAAAAGGAAUCCCCGGAGUUGCUGGAGCUGAUUCAGGACUUUGAAGCCAAGUUAACUGAGCUCAGAGAUGAACUGGAGCCGCUCAUGCAAAUGGUAAAAGAUGGGGUCAUCCCAGAGGGAAAGGGCAGCCAGUAUUUACAGACCAAAUACCAUCUCUAUUUGAACUAUUGCUGCAACAUUAGUUUUUACUUGGUGCUGAAAGCCAAAAGGAUUCCAGUUCACGGUCACCCUGUCAUUGAAAGACUUGUAAGUUACAGAAAUUUAAUAAAUGACUUGGCGACUGUGGACCAAAAACUGUCACCGGAGAUUCGUCUGCUCCUUAAUGAAUUCCAUAGUACUGAUGCUGGUGAUGUGGAAGGUAGGAAGAAGCUUAUCGUGCCUGCUAGAAAGCCUGUUAAUAAAAUCAAACCUAAAGCUGUUGGUGAGCUUUCUAAUGGUAAGGAUGCCGAAGAACCUACAGAUGAUUCAGAUUUGGAUGAGGAGGCUGCCCUGAAUUAUUAUAAGGAGAUGGAAGAAAAGAUAAAGCUUAAGAAAAAGAGGAAACGAGAAGAAACAGAAUGUGUGGAAGACCUGAUUAUGGAAGAGGAAGCAGGAGAUCAAAAGAGAGGUGCAACGUACCAGAUUGUCAAGAAUAAAGGCCUCACACCCAGAAGGAAAAAGAUUGAUCGUAACCCAAGAGUCAAGCACCGUGAGAAAUUCAGGCGAGCCAAGAUUCGUAGGAAGGGGCAGGUUCGUGAGGUCCGAAGAGAAGAACAAAGAUACGGAGGCGAACUGUCUGGCAUUCGUGCUGGAGUUAAGAAAAGUGUUAAGCUUAAGUGA